AUGAGUGCAGGAACAUUCGAAGAAGGACCCGAUUUGAAAUUUACUCCGACAUGGAUUGUUGCGCUCGUUUGCACCGUCUUCAUCUUCAUUUCCUACGGCAUUGUACGUUCUCUUCAUUAUUUUGGCAAGUUUCUUUUGAAGAAAGAGCAGAAACCACUCUAUCAAGCCUUGCAAAAAAUCAAACAAGAAUUUAUGCUGGUGGGUUUUAUGUCAUUGUUUUUAACUGUGACACAAAAUGGGAUCACAAAAAUCUGUAUUCCAAAAAGUUGGUUUCGUUAUAUGCUUCCUUGUAAACUUGAGGAAAAGGAAGAAGAACGAUCGAAACCACCACCCACUUCACAUUUUCAGACUUUUUUUUCUUCCGACGAUGUUUUCGACAAUGCUAGGCUCCUUCUCGAUAUUGACACCGAUGGUCGUCUUCCAUUCUUAGAAGAAAUACCUGGAUAUUGUGCUGCCAAGGGCAAGGUGCCUCUAUUAUCUGUGGAAGCACUGCAUCACCUACAUAUUUUUAUUUUUGUCCAAGCUGUUACUCAUGUGGCCUUGUGUAUUUUGACUGUUGGUUUUGUAGGAAUAAUUAUUCGUCGCUGGGAACGCUGGGAAGAUGCUAUUACAAAUGAAGACAAUGAAUCACGAGCAAGGACAUUGGCUAAUGUUCAUCAUCAUGAAUUUAUAAAAGAUCGUGGAAAAUAUUCUUCUUUCAUGGGAUGGGUGAAAUCAUUUUUCAAGCAAUUUUAUGGAUCUGUGACAAAGUUGGAUUAUGUUGCAUUAAGGCAUGGUUUCAUUAUGACUCAUUGUAGGGGACAUCCAAGGUUUAAUUUUCACAAGUAUGUGAACCGUGCACUUGAAGAUGAUUUCAAGAGAAUUGUUGGCAUUAAUUGGUAUCUUUGGUUCUUUGUGGUCUUGUUUUUGUUGCUUAAUAUCACUGGUUGGCACACAUAUUUCUGGAUUUCUUUCGUUCCUUUCCUUCUUCUAUUUGCUGUUGGAACUAAGCUGGAACAUGUAAUAAUUCAAUUAGCAAAUGAAGUAUCUGAUAAAAAAUCAAACACACAAUGUGGAUUAAUUGUUCAACCAUCAGAUGAUCACUUCUGGUUUCAUCGUCCUCGCAUCGUCCUCUACUUGAUUCACUUGAUUCUUUUCCAAAAUUCUUUUGAGAUCGCAUAUUUUCUCUGGAUACUGUUUACAUAUGGCCCUGAUGCAUGUAUAAUGGGACAAUUUGCUUACAUUGUUCUAAGGCUCAUUAUUGGGGCAUUUAUUCAGAUACUAUGUAGUUUUAGUAUCCUGCCACUAUAUGCAAUUGUUACUCAGAUGGGAACUCACUUUAAGAAUGUGAUAUUUAAUGAGCAAAUACAAGAAAAACUUAUUGGUUGGGCACAAAAGGCAAAAAGGAGAGCACAUGAAAAUCAUGGGCAAUCAUCUGUGGAAGGAAGUCCUCAUCAUCAUGGUGCAAGUGAAUCGACUGGGGAUGAAAGUCCUGAAUGUACUAAUAGUAGUUCAAGUGCAAGUGUUAGCAUUGAGCUAGCGUCAGUGUCUAGAAGGGAACCUGCCCUAGAAGAAGAAGAAGAAGAAGAAGAUGAAAUUGUCCCUAGUAAUGAAGAAAUCGUAUGA